UAAUACAAGAUGGGCACAAAGUCUAAUAUGAGCUAUCGCGAGGUUAUACCUAGAAAUAUAAACCCCGAGGAGUGGAUAGAAGUCGAAAUAAAUACAGGAACACAAAGUACUCUGCAGGAUAUCAAGACUUUUGGCAAGUCGGGUAGCUAUUGCUAUAAUUGUGUUACCAAUGGCCAAAACAGGAAUCGCUUUAUAUAUUGGCGCACAUAUCAAGAUAUUGUGGAACUAUCUGAAGUUAGUUUAGAUGUAUCGCUCCUGAGGAACCAUCUACGUUUGCGUUUUACGGACUCCGCAGUUCUGAAUGUUUCACUUUCUGAGAAGGCAGACGCCGUUACACUUUUGGCGGUCACCGUCAGCAGCAUUCAUAGGAUUGUGUUUCCAUUGCAAAAGGAUAAUUCAUCAUCGUCAGCAUCUGCCACUUCAGUGGACUCGCAAAGGAACUCAAUAUUUUAUGACGCUACAUCAUACUUGAAAGAUCGCAGCAUAUUCUACGUGAUAGAUGGCACCAUGGCUAUUAGUGUGCCACAUCUUGCAGCCUCCGAUAUGUCGGGAGAUAGCGACGAGGCAUUCUUUGCAGUUGACUAUCAUUCAAAACUUAUGCUUUAUAUUAUGAAUUGUCGAACAGGCAGCACGGUUUCACACGAAGUCAAAGAGUCACAUUUAAUGCCGCGUUUUCUGUCCAACCUAAAAGGCGCUCUAACUGGACGUGGAGAACAUUUGGAGGGAGCUAUCUCAAUGGCAUUUAGUCGCAUUGAUGGUGGAAUGUUUCUCUUGGUUCUCUAUAGAAAUAAUGAACUACGAUUGUGGUCGGCAACCAGUUUACAAAGUGUUGCAUCUUAUGUCUGUGGCGAGUCUCAAGGUGCUCAGGGUCCACAAAACAGUUUGCUUCGUAAAAUUGACGAUCACAAUUUUUGUGUAUUUUUGUCACAUGAAAGGGAAUCUGAAUUUAUUUGCUUAAGCAUUAUUUGCCAUCAAAUGAGCGACACGAAUACCAAAACUCUGGGUCUAGCUGUGCGUCAUAAGGUGCCAGCUCCUCAAAUCGAUUUAGCUGACUUCGAUGCUACUUGCUCGCAUAUUUGGACACUGUGGAGCAAUGCUGAGGGCGAAUUCAAUGUCUCGGCAAUUUUCUUAGACACUGACAGCUCAGUUAAAUGGGUGUCGGCUGCAUUGGAGCCCCCACCAGAUCGAUAUUGUCUUACGAUUGAGCAGGGUGUCGAUCCCCGAGAAGCAUACUGUUCUUAUAUAUUUCAUCCAGGUCGAUUUGAUCGUAACGUAAUCGCUAAGGCACUAUAUAUGUUCAGACGCGUUAACAUGCAAUUUGAUAUUAAGCAAUUAACAAUGGGUAUGCUCAAGGAGCAGGUCUGUCAGACGGUCGAAGAUGAGAUACAAAAUGAACUGAAAGACUUCGUUGUUAGCGAUGAGGAGUAUUUAGAGAUUGCGACAAGACUUUGGGACCGUUUCUACUCCUGCUGUGAGCAAUAUCACAUCAAGUUCUCUGAGCCAACUGGCUUAUCCGUUUUGAGUGCCAUGGAUGCUGUUUGCGUUAUAAGAAGGCAAUCGUUUGCAUUGCUACGUCCUUGUGAAAUGCUGGAACAUCGAAUGCUUGUCGGAGAACAUAACAAAGAAGUGGCAUCAUUUGUGGCACCUUUUUGCCAAAAUGAUAUUGUAGCAGCCGAAGGGUUCAUUGAACUAAUGGAAGUCAUCAAUCAAUUAGAAAAGAUUUUAAGCGAAGAUAUUAAAAUGGAGAUGGAAAAGAAAAUCUACCAACGCGAUGAUGAAGUUCUUACUAAAUUGUUAAUUCAAAUUACAAAGGGUGAUGAUAAUAUUGAUAACGGUGGAAUUUCACUGCCAAUUGACUGUAUCGAGCAAAUCAGGAAAAAGCUUCAAUCGAUCGCGAUUGUAGAAGCAGCAAUUAAUAUGCUUCUUGAUUUACUUGCUAUCGUUGACGAAGAUGCCUAUCCGGACUCCGCAGGCGGUCAUUCAAAAUCAACGCGUUUUCUUCAAUCGACAGGAGCAUUGUUUGGCAGCGAAUAUGGAAUUUCCAUUCUCGCUGAGACUGUCAAACAAAUGGCAAUGAUACGUUUCGCCGUUUGCCGGAACCUUUUGAUUUUACAGUAUAUUCUAUAUGGGAACGCUUCGAAGUGCGAUUUCACUAUUAUGACUAAUAUCAAUUUCUUGAAUUCUUAUUACACACUUGUUUGGAUCUCAGAGACACCGAUUUCUCUUAAUACGCCAGUAAACUUCGAGGUUUCUAUUCAGCGGCUGACUCGCGCACAGCUCUUUAGUGGAUAUACGAGACCCUAUUCGAGCAAAAUAUAUUUAAAUAAUCAAACAACGCUGCUAUGCUUGUUUUUGCAAUCAAAAGGCCUAUUUAGCGCACUAUCGAUGUUGUUAAAGGAACCCAAUGCAUUAGUGCAUCAGUUAUCAAUGCGUCAAACGCUGCUACAGCUGGUUGGGUGCAUCAAUCAGAUGCUCUGGCCAGAGGCAUGGAAUGAUGUAUUUCCUGAAUGGCUUUUUGGUACAUGCCAUCAUAUUAUCAUUCAGGAUUAUGAGCGCCUAUUAUCGGGAUGGUGUGUUGAGAAAGCGGAUUCACGAAGCUUUAUGCUGGCAGUUUCCCUCUUAGAUUGUGGCGAACCGCAAAAAGCAAUAAAUCUGUUCGAGCGAGUUCAAGAGAGUGUGCUUAAGGAGCCAUUUUUAUUUGAGCAAGUGCUUAAAAACACUCCACUCUAUUCCAAGCUUUCAAACGUUCUUACUCGACAGAAAAUUGUGCCAACCAAAGCGGAAGCCAAGCAGGCUUUGGUACACUAUUAUCUUAAGGUUAUACAACUAUUUGAACAGCAUUCAGCAUAUGAUUUUAUCAUUCAAUUGGCCCAUGUAGCUAUGAAUAAGCUAAAUGUGGAUGAUCAUCAAUUACCAAUGUUCCAGUCGAUUGUCUUUAAUAAUCAUUUGCAACUGGGCCACUACGAGGAGGCAUAUCAUGCUUUGGUCUACAAUGCGGAUACCUCGCGGCGAAAAGAUUGUCUACGUCAAUUGAUCAUAAUGUUAUUCCAAUGCAAACGCUUUGAUCUGCUUAUGCAAUUGCCUUAUAAUGGUCUGCAAGAGGAGUUUGAAAACAUUGUUGAAUCUCGUGCACGAUCUCUGAGUAUCGACCAGAACGAAGUCUACAAUUUUCUAUACGCAUUUCAUGCCAACAAAGGAAAUAUGCGAAAAGCUGCUACUGUCAUGUAUGAGCAGGCUAUGCGUCUACAGGUGGAUAGUGAUGCACCCGAUGCACUCCAAAAGCGAUGCUCAUCAUUAUUGGUUUGCAUAAAUUGUUUGUAUUUGGUUGAUGCGCGUUAUAGAUGGAUUGCCAAACCUACAAUUGGUGAUGAUAAGGUGACCAUGGACAUGUCCAAUAACGUGGAAGAUUCACAGGAGAUUGAAAGAGUCCAAGAAGUCGUUGUACUUGAAUUAACCGAUAUUCGCCGUGAGCUGCUUCACACAGAGGCUUUAAGAGAACUUGCUCAACAUCGUAAAGAUGUUGGCGCUUAUGAAAUGGCCGGCGCUGAAGAGCUUUCUUAUCUUUUGGCCACUUGUGGCCUAUAUACAGCUGCACUGAAGCUGGCCAGGGGCCAUACUUUUUCUGUGCUGCCCAUAUUUGAGAGCCUGGCAGCUGCUUGCGUUAACACCAGUGAAGAUAAGACUAAGGACGCUUGGGUUUGGUUACAGAACAAUGACUUAGCAGAUCUGCCUCAUCGUAGCAGUGCAGCGGACAUGGCUUGGUCAUUGCUACAAAAACUUGUUGUCGAUAAUGAGCUCAAUGAAUCAACUUUAAUACGCAAAUGCGUCGCUAACCGAAUACUAAAUUUGAAUGCAUUUGUGCCACAAUGGCUGUAUGACUCAUAUAAGCUGGCUAACUCUCGGGAGCUGCUUCAUCUGCUAGUGAAACAUAAUCGUUUGCUUGACGCAGCCGACUUGGCAUGUGAAAUGAUUGGCGCUAUGCUGGGAGCAGGCAGUGAAUAUUUCGACUUUAAGCAUUCAGUGAACGUGACAAGUCCACAGCUCGCGUUUCCCAUCAACACAAUUGAUCUACUGCUGCAUGGCUUGCAAAUCAAUGGUAGUCAAAAUAUUGAAUACGAAGUGGCACAUGCCAAGCUGGAGGAGGAAGUCGCUCGAUACAUUGAGACUGUGAAGCGCACCACAGACGAUAAAAUUAAGUUAGCUAUAUUAACUGAUAGACAAAAUCGACAGCAGCACAUUAUAGGUUAAGCACUUCACAUGUAUUUAGUGGGUUUCAUAGAAAAAGUAUAUAUAUAUUAUAAUUAAGUUAAAAGUCAUCUGUCAUCACGAGU